AUGGAUAAAUUCUCUGAUAUCUCCGGUCUCACCAUCAAUCAAGCUAAGAGCUCCUUAUAUUUGUCUGACGUUGAUAUGGACAUUCAGAAUAGCAUAUGCGGUCAGCUUGGUUUCCAACAAGGAGUUCUUCCAGACGUCUCCAGCUCAUCAAAUCGGUCUUGUUCUCCAUCCAAGUUUACUGGUCUUCAAUGUUCAUCCUUCCGUGCUCCAUCAUCAGGAAAAUAUAAGGUAUCUUCUCUGGAUUUCUAUGGAAGGGCACGAUCUCUGUCUCAUGUGGGAGCUAAGGUUGCUAGGCAUUCCAUUUGCUAUCCAUUAAGAGAAGGGGGCCUUGGCAUUAAUAAUCUAAAACCGUGGAACAAGGCUGCAACGAUGAAACAUAUAUGGAAGAUACUACAAAGCCGGGAAGGGUGCAGAAGCUGGUUCAUUAAACGCAUUGGCAAUGGCUCAUCAACGUCCCUCUGGUAUGAUUAUUGGCUACCGGAUGGAAAAAAACUAAUUGAUAUACUCCCUCUUCGUGUGCUCACAUCUACCGGACUUUCAUGGGCAUCAAUGGUAUCUAACAUUAUACAUGGCAGUUGCUGGAACUUCCCAAAUAUUCUUGAACUCGAGUCCACGUGGAAUACCAUCACUUUCAACCCUCACCUUGCCAGAGAGGAUCAACUAAUCUGGACAGGACAUCAUUCAGGAGAAUUCACUAUUAAAUCUGCAUGGGAAUUAAUCAGGGACAAAAGACUAACCAACAACAUGUAUCACCUACUUUGGUUCAAGGGCCAUAUUCCAAGACAGUCAUUCAUUCUGUGGUUAGCCAGCCUCGGCCGGCUACGCACCUUGGACAGAUUACAUGGGGCUGAAACCAAUACCACUUGUAUCCUGUGUGGUCUUCACGUGGAAACUCAUGAGCAUCUCUUCUUUGAAUGUAAACUACACCAGCUCAGUUUGGGGAGCUAUUUGUCACCAGCCAGCAUGCAGUGGCCGUGCAAACCAUGGAAGCACCUUCUUCAAUGGGCAGCGUCUUACUACAAGAAGAAGAACGACAGUGAUCACAUGAUAGCUCGCCUACUUCUAUCCACUACUGUUUACUUCCUAUGGCAUGAAAGAAAUAACCGUGUUUUCACCAACACGGCUCAGACAUACCAGACGACUGCGGAGGUUAUUUUUCAACAGAUUCGAACCCGCAUAGCAAACAUGGAUCAUGCAAGCACCAUCCCAGCACGGACUCGUGCCAUUUGGAACGUCUAA